AUGGGGAACUGGGGACUAGUAAGGGGAGGAACUUCUGAUUGGAAGCUAAAGACAUCUAUAAUGCUUGGGAAAGUUAUUUUUAUUUUGACGCUCACAGGCAUGCAACAUUUGCACAAGAAUCAAUUGCAAAAUUUUGCUCAGAAGAGAAACCUCACGUUACCUAUAUACACAUGUGAACGUGAUGGCCCACCUCAUGCUAGUCGUUUCAGGUGCAAAGUGGAAAUUGGUGGAAGAACUUAUGAAAGUUCAGAACUUUUUGCUACAUUGAAAGAUGCUGAAAAUGCAGUUGCAAAAGUUGCUUUGCUGUCAUGUCAAGAUGGAGCGCAAGAGAAUCCUGGUCUUUACAAAAAUUUCUUGCAAGAAAUGGCCCAAAAAAGAGGUUUAGGAUUACCAGCGUAUAGUACAUUGCAAUCUGGUGAAGUUCAUGCACCGAUUUUUGUUUCAAUUGUAAAAGUAGGAGAAGAAACUUUUGAAGGGCAACAAUCGAGAACUAAGAAACAAGCUGAGAUGAGUGCAGCGAAAGUUGCUUAUAUUUCUCUAAAAGAGGGCAAGAAUCAUUUGAUUGCAUCUCCAGGAGGACAAGCUUCUCAGGUCGAAGUCGUCUCUUCUAGCUCGCAAUCCAACGUCAGCACGAAUAUGGAACUAGUGAGAUCCAGUCCUUCAAUUGAGAAACAACCUAAUGACGGAGGGCCUUGUAGCAUCUCAACAAGAAAGAGAGCUCCAUCUUGUGACCUUGGUUCUGAAGUUCAAAACGUUGCUCAACAUGAUGUUCCUUCUGAGAGCAACAACUAUGUUUUGAAUUUAAUCUCCAAGCUAGAAGCUGGGAAGAGUUCAUCUUCCAAAAGGAUUUUUGUAUGUCCCCGCGAACCGAAUAUGAAAUUUCCCCAGGACAGCACCAUAUUAUCAAUGAGUGAUGACAAAUGGGUUGCGUUCUCACUAUCGAAUGAAGCUAGUCAGUAGAAAUCGCUGUGAGUAACUUUUUGAAUUGUAGUGCAUUGACUCCUAACAUCAAGAUAGUUAUAUUUUGUGUGUAUAGUCCGACUCGGAUAGUUGAUGGUGCAUGCAAUGUUUCAAAGGAGGUUUGGUUCGUCUUGUUGUCAUUAGGUUCAAUCCAAGUGAUAAAAGAAUUGGGAUGAAGAGCUUGUACAAGUAGUUAGAUGUGUGCACCUUGAUCUUCAGUGUAGAAAAAUUCUGUUGUAUUGUAAUGAUCACUUAUUUUGCUUUUAAAUCUAAUGUGUGGGAGAUUGUUAUUUCA